CUAAUACACGCUACAUUUGUUACUAUGGCGUUCAGAGAUAAAGUCAUUCUAGUCACUGAUGGUGGGAUUUCGGGUAUCGGCAAAGCCAUAGCCGUACAUUUCUCUAUAGACAAAGCUAAAGUAGUCAUCAUUGGUCGUACUAAUGCGACUAUAGAUGAAGUGAAGGAUAUUUGUACGGCGAAUAGUGGGAAUGAAGCUAAUAUGGGGAUACAAGCAGAUGUCAGUAAGGAUACGGAUGUUGAAAUGAUUGUAAAUAAAGUCACUGUAACAUACGGACGGCUGGAUGUGCUAGUGAACAAUGCCGGGGUUUUUAUCUCUGAUGAUAUCUUUACGGCUACUAUGGAUAAUUUCGACGCGCAUAUAAAUACAAAUCUGAGAGGAAAUUUUAACCUGACGAGGCUGUUUGUGCCACUUCUUAUCAAGUCACAGGGUAAUGUCAUCAACAUAUCCGGCGUGGAAGCGGUCAAGUACUGGGAAGGGCUGUUGACUGACAGUCUGUCAAAGGUGGCGAUACAGCAUUUGACAAAGUAUGUCGCUUACGAACUGGGGCCGAAGAAAGUUCGCUCUAAUUCCGUAGCUCUGGGCUAUGUCACGGGCACGAAGAUUAUAGAGAGAGCAAAUAUAGAUCCCGAGGAGUUCGGUCGAGGGUUUCUCCCAAGCGUACCACUUGGAGAAUUCAUCAAACCAGAAGACGUGGCCAAGACCGUGGCCUUCAUAGCCAGCGAUGACGCCCGACAUAUCACUGGACAGAACAUAGUUAUGGACGGAGGGUUCAGUUGCUAUUAGUGCGAAGUACUCAAUCUAACAUUUUGCAAUACGCAAGAUACACAACAAAAAGGUUUUAAGCAUAACAGGAGAGAAGAUAAGUUUGUUGAGGACCAUAGAAAACAGAAGAGGAAAGAUGCUUGGACAC